GCUCCGCAGAAGGUCACCAGAGGGCAGUACCGUGUUUGCAUAUGAUUAAAAUAAAUAUCGUCAGAAAAGCCUCAGUGUUUAUGUAGGUCAAAUGAAGUGCACGCUGCUUUAUUUGGGAUCCAUUUGGAGACGACAACUCUGAAAUAUCGGCAGAAAGUGCGAGAAAAUACCAUUAAGAGGUUCUUAUUUUAUCGAGCUUCAAGUGUGACGGGAGACAUGACGAAAGACGGAAAGCUAUGGAGAGUAGAUUCAGUGGUGUUUUGAACGACAUCGAGGAGCUCUCGCGACUCUCAAACACUCAGAACAAUUACCACACCGAAAGGUCUAAGACGCUUUUUGAGGAGAUUCGAGCCUCCAUAAACAACAAUGACGUGGAGGAUCGCUCCUUCUGGAGGCCUGUGCUCCCUUGGGGGGGCGUUUUCACAAUCAAGGCAGGGCGCAAGGCCAUAUCCUGCAUCCCUCUGUACGUGGAGGUCCAACUGAAAAACACAUGCACCAUCGAUGGCUUCCUCAUGAUCUUGUAUGUGAUCCUGCGAGACAACCAGGGCUUCCACAGGGAGCUGGCUGUCUUCCUGGGGAAGCAGUUCGUGGAGCAUUUCCUCUACUUGAUGGACUCCUGUGACUACACCACAGUAAAGAUGCUGUGGAUCUGGAACAGGAUGUCUAAGAGACAGUACCGCUCAGAGAUCCAUCAGGCAGCGAUGGAGAUCGACCUGUUUGGGAACGAGCACGAGAACUUCACGGAGAACCUGGAGAACCUCAUGUCUACCACUCAGGAGAGCCUGUGCACCAACCGUGACUGUCCGGGUCGCUUUCAGAAAGUCAAGAAAACCACCAUAAACAUCAGCCCUCCCCAUGAGCUUCCUCACAAAGACCCAAUCCAGUCAGCGGUGGAUGAAUUCUUCAGCCCCAAACUCCUACUCUGCUCAGAGCUAGGCAGAUGUGAUGGCUUGAGGGAGUUUUCUCAAAGGGUAUUCUGCCACGGACCCCCGCCUUUUGUGAUCCUUAACAUGCAGCAAUGGAGAUCGGAGGAUCUGUCUUAUGUACCUUACCACCUGGCUCUUUGUCAACACAGAUACUUACUAGAGGGCGCCACACUCUUCAACAUGGAAGAGCAUCACUACUCGGCAGCUUUCCAGAUAGACGGUUGCUGGAUGCACUAUGACGGUUUGAGAAGCGAUAAUCUGAUCCUGCUGCAUAAGCCCCCGGAGCUCCUGCUGCUUUCCUCCUUGGUCUACAUCCGUGCAUCUGACAAGUGACCAGUUGGACACGGUGCAGCACUUGAGUGAACACAUCGAACAUCCAGUGUUUUUUUCCAGCAUUAUUCCUGUUUUUGCCAUUUUAUAUAUGUUAUGGGUUUUUUUUUAUCUUUUGUGAAUAAUUCAUGGUCUUAAUAUACUUAAUUUGCUAGAAGACAGUUGUUUAUGUUCUGUUUCAGCUGAUUGCUUACUCCAAACAUGCUGAUAAUUAUACAUUUUAUGGAGGCAUGCUUGGAAUCCAAGAGUACAAUGGACUAUAAUAGUUCUGCAGCGGAUCCUAAAAUUGCACACAUCUCCUUUUUAAAUGUUUUUCUUUUGUUAAAAAAAGAUGACAAUGAUUAUUUUUAAUGUUUUUCCACCUUCAGCUGGAUGUAUAUCCAGUUGAAGGUGGAGUUUAAUUUUUUUUUUUUUUACAAUUCAACUGAAAAACAAAAUUGUUUGCAGAAAAAAUACUAGAUGCAAAAUUUUAAACUGAAACUUUUGAUGCAACUUUUGAUUCAGUUUCAGCAUUCAUCAUCCUUUCUUAGGUACCUGUCUGUAUCCCACAACCAAAGUUUAGUAAUAUUACCCCACUUUUAUUACAAAGGUUCUCAGUCUUUUAGGUUAUCAAAAUACCUCUUGUCCACAGAUAAUUCAGGUGACCAUUAUGAUGCUGAAUAAUAAAAUCCAUACUCAUCUUGAGUGUUUUGAGUCAAAGUUGACUCAUACAACUCCCCACUAAUUCAUUAAGCUCGAUAUAAAAGCCCUAAUUCUGUCUUGACGUUUUCCAUGAUCUCUUCUGCUGAUGUCUAGCGUUGCUUUUGUGCCAGGCUUUUUGCAUCUUCUGGAGUUGUAGCCAGAUUAUCUUUAAUAUGAGUUAAUCUAAUUUACUAUAACUAAUGGCAGUUGUAAUCACAAAGACUGAAUGGUGAAAUUCAUCAAAAGGCAGUUCAAGAAAUGGUAGGUCAAAGGUGGACACAUUUAUUGCCACCGAGACCUUAUUGUUAGCUCCUACCCAACAGAUGUAUGCUUUUUUUUAUUGACUCCUACAAGAAGUAUCUAUUUGAAGGUGCAAAACAAAUUUUUAAACUACUUAUUGUAGUUUCAUUCUUAAACAAAUAAAACAUGACAUUUUAAUAGGGGGUGUGUAAAUUCCUGAGAUUUGUUGUCUGUUAAUAAACCCUCUGUUUGUUCAGUCUAUAAACCAGUAAGUAAAAUAGUUUUAGCAUUUCUUACAUGACUCAAUCUCAGCAUAUUCCUUAAAAAAAGAAGAGUUCUUGCAGCUUUGAUUUUUUAUAUAUAUAUUGCUUGGGGGAUGUCCAGCUCAAGUUUAGUGUUCUGAUUUAAGCACACCAACCCUUAUCUAAAAAUUAAACUGGUGCUCUAAUUACACUGUGGCAUAAAAGAAACCUCAAACUAACUUCUGUGUUUUAUGCUGUAAAGUUUUUACUUAAAAGUGUGGAUGCUAAAAACACAAUGUCAGUUAAGUGGUAUGAAUUUUGUUUCUUGCAGAAAGGUUUGAUUGAUUUGGGCUUUCAUGGCCUGAAGCACUCAGCAAAUCCAUGCUGAAAUCUUCCCAUCUCAGCAGUUUUGCAGCUUCCAUGUUAGAUGUUCAGAUUUUUUUAUCCUCUUAAUAAUUACUGUUUUCACAUAGUGCCUCUGUCAAGAAAGCUCCGACAUUAUUUUUUUUUUCCUGAAAAUAUUGCCUUAAUAUAAAUAAAAAUAUUUUUGAACACAUCCGUUUUAGAUUUUUAUUCUCUGAAACAUGCAUAUGAAUCUAACAAAACAACACGCAGCCAUGGCUUUUUUUUUUUAAGGCAGGCAUUUAUUUUAAUCUGGGUACAAGUGCACCACACAAACUGACUAAAAUGUAUGUAAAAUGUCUUCAAAUAAAACGUGAAAAGCUACAGUUUUCGUUAUACACGAUGUUAUCUUUGACUUCCAGCAUUAAUCCACAGGAUAUUAAGAAAAAAAAAGUUGAGACUCCAGACACACUGUGAGAAAUUGU